GUGGCAAAAAUAAACAUGAGCCGUUUAUCACCAAAUAUGCACCCAAAUUUAAAAUCGGACGUUAUUGAACUCCUAAAUGUUAAACAAAUCUAUACCGUCCUCGAUUUCAUAAGAACCGAUACCAAACUGAUUGAAAAAUCGUCCCAUUUAACUUUUAGGGAAAUUCUAGAUGUAAAGAAGGAACUAACAAAGAGGUUUUCUGCUCAACCUAGGAAUGGUUUCGAAUAUUACAAGCUAAUUAUAUCGAACUCUGCUAUUAUUGAAACAGGAAUUAAAAACCUUGACGAUUUAUUAGAAGGAGGUCUAUUCACUGGAAAUAUCUAUGAAAUUUGUGGUUUGCCCGCUACUGGGAAAACGCUGUUUUGCCUAACUCUAAUGAAAAAUGUGGUUUCUAAAAUGAAGGAAAAUAUUUAUUACUUGGAUACCAAACAAGACUUUUCCGCACGUAAAUUCAAACAGAUGUUAUGCAACUCAAAUAAGCAGGAAUUGGUAGAAGCUCUAAGCAGGGCUCUAAUUAAAAACAUAAGCUCCCAACACGAACUCGUCAACAGUUUAUUCGAGAUCAAAGAGAAACUUCAAUCAGGUCUCAAGAUGAGAGCUGUUAUAAUCGACUCUCUACCAGCCUUGUACUGGCAGUCGGCCGACUAUUCAGGAAACAACAACUUUCUCAAUCACACAGUUAACAUCCUCCGCUAUCUCUCCAUCGAAUACAACUUAGUCAUCAUCGUCACGAAUUUGAUAACUCUGUGGAACGAAGGGGGAUUUAACACCCAAGACUCUUAUCAAGAGAAAAUUUCUUGUGGUGGAUACUGGCACAAUGUACCGAAUGUCAGGUUGAAGUUCGAGAGAACUUCGCAAAGCGCGUGCAAAGUCACAUUGAUGAAGACCUGGAAGGUCAUGCCUGAAAUUUGCGAGUGUGGGGUUGAGUUGACAGACGUUGGAAUAAAAUAAAAAAAUAAUAGU